UAACUUGUGACGUAAGUGAACGACGGUUCCACCCGUGGUCCGUGGUCCUCUUUUAUCUCUUCAGAUCCUCGGUGAAAACGAAAUCUCCCGGGUAUCAUGCUAGUCACACUGCCUGUUUGAGAUUGAGCUUCCUACGUCAUCCCUACUGUCGCUCUCGAUGAUAAGAACUGGUUUUUGUCAACGAAAUUCUGUGAGCGACCACUACCACGACCACGACCACUCUCCACUUUCAAUCGUGAAACUGAUGGUUACGACGCGACGUCUGCUGGAAGCUCUGGCUUUCGUAAGAAAUCAAUGAUGUGUCCAGGUCAUAUUUCUCGCCGAGAAAUGGUAUUUGAAAGUGGCAAUAGUUGCCAGUAUAAGAAGGACCAUUUGCAUCCAUAGUUGUGCAAGUGUCGUUAUACAUAUGCGUGGAGGAAGUUAUAAAUUAUAGUUUCAAUGGAAAAGGACAGCGUGAAGAAAGUUCCAGAUCAAUUUAAACUUCUUCCAAAAAUUAUAAAUGGCGGGAUCGCAGGUAUCAUCGGUGUCUCUGUGGUAUUCCCACUGGACUUGGUUAAAACACGAUUACAGAAUCAAGUUAUUGGACCUAGUGGCGAACGAAUGUACAAAUCAAUGUUUGACUGCUUUAAGAAGACAUACAAUGCCGAAGGCUACUUUGGCAUGUACAAAGGAUCUGGCGUGAACAUUCUUUUAAUCACACCGGAAAAGGCAAUCAAACUCACUGCCAACGAUACGUUUCGUUAUUACUUGUCUACAGGGCCUGGACAGAAACUGCCGCUAGAACGUGAAAUGCUUGCCGGUGGAUUAGCUGGAGCAUGUCAAAUUAUCGUCACAACACCGAUGGAACUGCUGAAAAUCCAAAUGCAAGAUGCUGGACGAGUAGCGGCAGCAGCAAAGGAAGCUGGGAAAGUUGUACCAAAGGUGUCGGCCUUGUCAUUAACGAAAGAUUUAUUGCGAAAAAGAGGCAUUUUGGGACUUUAUCAAGGUACUGGUGCAACAGCUCUUAGAGAUGUCACAUUUUCUAUUAUUUACUUCCCACUAUUCGCUAGACUGAACGAUAUCGGGCCAAAGAGAGAGGAUGGUUCCUCCGUAUUUUGGUGUUCGUUUUUGUCUGGUUGUACCGCCGGUUCUAUAGCUGCAUUAUCAGUGAAUCCGUUUGACGUAGUCAAAACAAGAUUGCAAGUAAUCAAAAAGGCACCCGGUGAACCAACAUACGAUGGUGUACUGGACUGCAUAACUAAAACAUUGAAGAACGAAGGUCCAACUGCAUUCUUCAAAGGUGGAGCGUGCAGAAUGAUCGUGAUAGCACCCCUUUUCGGGAUUGCACAAACCAUUUACUACCUCGGCGUCGCAGAAUGGCUAUUGGGUCUUAAGUGAACAUCGCCCUCUUCUUCUUCUGUGUCGUCUUAGAAUACUCUGGGAUUAAACUGACAAUAACAACUGGCGCGUAAUAGAUGUAUGUUCGCUUAAUAUGGUUCGCUAGUUGCCGAGUAAGUGAGUUGUUCUUUUCUUAAUUAUUUGAGAACCUUGGUUAUCGGACGCGCGCAAAACUUAUUCAAUGUUUAUUUGAUAAAUUGUCGACGUGCAAAAGUGUCUUUUUUAUUUUUGAUAUUUAUGUACUAUUAUAAUAGUUCUAUUAAUUUUUUUUUUUCUUUUUUUUUGAAGAUCUCAUAGUGCAAUAAAGCUUUCAAAAUAAAAUGGAGUUGUGAAUAAAAUGAAAACCUCUCUACGGCUUGAAACUCAACAAAAUAUCAAAAAUUACAUUACAAAAUUUCAAUAGUGAUAUGAUUUUAAUAAUUUUGAUACAUAUCUCAUCGAAUUAAAUUAUAAGGUAGAAUUUGUGUAUAAUAGAAGCAGAGAAGAAAAAAUUCAAUAUAAGUAGGCAGUUGAUCUCAUGAAUUUAUUUCUACGUAUUUUUGUAAUUGUCUCUUCGGAUAAUCAAGGUUCUGGUGAGGCUAGGUCAUCGUUUAUAAACGAUAACGUUGAUUUUGACUUAAUAUUAUUAUCGAAUGAGAAUGAAAUUCAUGAUUUGCGAUCGAGUUCGCUUAUUUUCACUAUCGACGAACUAAUUAUAAAUCUUAGGAUUCUAUUAUUCCCAUCUUACCUAUCCCUUAUAUGAAUUAUUUCUUCGACAACCAGUGUUUCCAACUUUCUUUAUUUACUUUUUUACUUCACAUUUUAGUUUUUUUUUUUUAUAACAUUUACAAUAAGUUACCGAGGUAUCUGCAAAGUAAGAUAGACAAUUAUUUUUACAUCUUAUUUUUAUUUUAUAUAUAAAUGGAACGCGAAUAAGUUUGCGGAAAAAUUUAUAAACAUAAAGUAUUACAUACCUAAGCACGUAUUAUACAUCAUAUCGUUAAUAAAUAUCGCGAAAAAAUCGACUAAAUUAUUUAUAUUGUAUAUAUUAUGUUGUAACGAUGGGAACACUGGUAUAUUCUACAGUGAUAACAAGAGCUUACAUUUUGUAAGAGAUUACAUAAUUUCAUUUGUGAAUUCUAGUUAACGCAGUCGUCAGAUCAUUGCUAUAUCUUUAAGAAUCAAAUAAUAGGAAAUAACUCUUAAUUGGUAUGAUUAUAAAAUAUAAAAAUCAUGCAUCGUGCAAGGGAUGCAUAGUUUUAUUGUAUUUUAAAUUUCUAAAUUAAUGUUUUGUUUUAAUGUACGUUUUAAAUUAAAAUCUAACAUAUUAUUCUAUGUUCUGUUAACAUAAUUAUACGAUUAUCAUAAACAUAGCUAACAUAUUAAAGAACCUCAAGUCGUUUUAAUUUAGAAAAUGCUGUUUGAAAUAUAUCUAUACUUAUUUCUAUCUUUUACAAUUAUUUAUCUUCAGACGCAUUCAUAGAUUUGUAUCUGUUUAAAAUAUCCAUUAAAUAUCAUAGCAAUUAAGAGUUAAAUUGUUCUUCCGUUUUCCUUCUUAGGAAAUUUUGUGGAGAGAUACUAGAAAACAAUUUCCCAAACAUGGGGAUUCAUUGUCAAUUUUACUAGUAAAGGAAUUCUAGAUAUAUAAUAAAAAUAUUCAUGUUAUCGAUGUGUAUUGACAUUGUACAGGAGUAAAUCUUAGCGAUUCUUCAAAAAUA